UUGGGUGGGUCACGGACGGCUCUGUCCUCUGUUUGUCCGUCGACGUGAAACCGAACCGGGCCACGAGCGGCUGGCCCGCGUUUCCAGCCGCGCGUGCCGCUGUGUUAGCUAGCGGAGCGCGGGGCUGGAUUGGAAGUUUCUGGAAGUUUCUGGGAGUGUUGGGAAGUUUCUGCCAGUGAAGGUUAGAUGUUUUCUCGGUGAAACUGUCGACUGAUCCAGAACCAGCAGAACCACCAUGUUGGAGACGGUCCCGACAGCGGAGCGUCAGCAGGUCCUGGCGGCUUUGGAGCGUCUCCAGGAGAAACUGGUCCAGAGGGAGGAGUGGACCCAUAGCGGUGUCCUGGGACACCUGCAGGACACCCUGCAGAGCCCCCUCUUCAGCCACAUCCUGACCCUGCAGAACUCUGUCAGGCAGCUCCGAAACCAGAUGAACAGCAUGCCUCCUGAUGCCUGCAGUGACUUCAGUUUCUCCAAAAAGGGUCAGCUGAUAAUCAAUGCCAUUGAUCCAGCUGUCAGUUUGGCUCCGCCCGGCCUGUCCUCCUCCUCCAUCCUAGCAAAUGGCUCAUCUUUGCCCAUCCAACAGACUCCACCCCCAUCAGAUCGCCUCCAGAAGUGGAUCACCACUACAGCCAAGGGACGACCCACCCAGCUGGUCACCCUGACCCGGCCUCUCUCCGGUGGACUGGGCUUCAGUGUGGUCGGUCUGAAUCCUUCAGGAGGCAGCAGUAGGGGCAUCUUCGUCAAACACAUCCAGGCAGGAGGAGUCGCUCACAGGGACGGCCGUCUUCAGGAACGGGACCAGAUCCUGGUGAUCAACGGAAGUCCUCUGGAGCCGGCUUUCAGCCAGCACCAGGUUCUGGACUUCUUGCAGCAGUCUGGAGAGACGGUGGAGCUGGUGGUGGCCCGGGACUGCCCCCCUGAUGACCCUGCCCCACUGGCCACACCCACCAGCACGGAUCAGUGGGGUCAUCUGGAGGAAAUCCAGCUGGUCAACGAUGGAUCUGGUCUGGGUUUUGGUAUUGUGGGUGGGAAGACUAGCGGAGUGGUGGUCCGGACCGUGAUCCCAGACAGCGUAGCAGACAAGGAUGGGCGGCUCCGCACAGGUGACCACAUCCUCUGCAUCGGGGCCACGCCCACCAGUGGCCUCACCAGCGAUCAGGUGGUCCAGGUACUGCAGAGCUGCGGGAGUCAUGUGACCAUGCUGAUUGCCAGGGACCCCCGAGGUCAGAGGUCGACGGCCCUUCCUCCUCCACCGCCUCCGGACUCCGCCCCCGUCGUUUCGGUAUCGCCCUGGCUCCCCGAAGCUCCGUCUCAGCGCCGAAUCAACGAGAUGCCCAACCUGGAGGGUUAUGAGAUCCAUGAGGUCCCGCUCACCAAGAAGGACGGUCAGAGUCUCGGCAUCUCCAUCAUCGGAUACAACCCGCUGACCAGCCAAGAUGCUGUGGGAGUGUUUGUCAAACACGUGGUUCCAGGCAGCGCCGCGGAUCAGAACGGGAACAUCCGGGUCCACGACCGCCUCAUAGCUCUGGAUGGCGUCAGCCUGCACGGUCGGACCAACCAGGAGGUUCUGGAGGUGAUGAAGCAGACGGGUCAGACUGUUGUCCUCACCCUGGUCAGGAAGAAGGCCCGGGUUCUGGAGAGGUCCCUGGAUAAAGUGGAGAAGGAGUCGUCCCGUGUGGGUCUGAGGAGAUCUGUAGAAACCAAGACUUGUUCUUCAUCUUCAUCAUUGUAUCAGAACGCAUCACAGCUGACCAGAGCUACUGAGGCAGACCUGAGGGCUAAGUGGGAGCAGGCUCUGGGACCGAACUAUCAAGUUCUGGUGGUGCAGUUGGAUCCAGUCAUAGAGGACGAUGAAGAGCUGCAGAAAUCCUCCAAGCUGCUACCCAUCCACACCCUCCGUCUCGGCGUGGAGUUGGACUCCUUCGAUGGACAUCACUAUAUCUCUUCUGUGGCCCCAGGGGGCCCAGUGGACCGGCACGGAGUCCUUAGACCAGAGGACGAGCUGCUAGAGGUGAAUGAAGUUCAGCUGUACGGGAAGUCCCGGAGGGAAGUGGUGUCGUUCCUCAAAGAGGUGCCUCCUCCAUUUACUCUGGUCUCCUGCCGACUCCCCAUCACUGAUCAGGAACCAGAACCAGAACUUGUACUAGAACCAGAACCAACACAAGCAUCAGAACCCAGCGUGGAAGAGAUUGAGAUGAAGCUUUCAUCGAUGCUCCAGAGAGAUGACAUCAGUCAAAAGGUGGAAAGACAACAGGAUUGUCUUGUAGAGGAGGGAUGGAGGGAGGAGACUUCUCACCACAGCCAGGAGGAAGAGGAGGAGGAUGAAGAUGUAAAAGAGGAAGAUGAUGAAGGAGAAGAGGAGGAAGAGGAUGAUGGAGAGCUGGCCUUGUGGUCUCCAGAUGUUCAGAUGGUGGAGCUGCAGAAGGAGAGAGAAAGAGGCCUCGGCUUCAGCAUCCUGGACUACCAGGACCCGCUGGACCCCAGUCGCUGUGUGAUGGUGAUCCGGUCUCUGGUGCCCAGUGGUUCGGCGGAGCGUCAUGGUGGUUUACUUCCUGGAGACCAGCUAGUGUCUGUCAACCACACCCAGUUGGACCUCCUGACUCUGGCGCAGGCUGUGGAGGUCCUGAAAUCUGCUCCACCUGGUCCCGUACAGCUGGGCAUCCGCAAACCUCUGGUGGUGGAGACGAGGCCAGAGGCCAUUCAGGGGUCUCCAGAACAGGUUCCACAGGGUUUCCGUGUCAGAUCCACCCUCCCUGACAACCUUCAUCAUGUGGAGGAGGAGCUGAUCCUGGAUGGAGGUCUUCCUCGCUACUCCUCCUCCCAGACCUCUGACCUCCCCCCCCUGGUGGAGAGCAGGGAGAUGGCCGUGGAUGAGGAAAAGGAAGAGAACCCAAGUUCUCUUUUGAUGAAAUCUCCACCAUCGUGGGAAGAGUGGAAGCUCUCCUCCACCAUCCAGCCCGGUAGUGCAGAGGAGAUGAGGAGCAGAGACAUGCAGGAGGAGGAGCUGGCGAGAUUGGACCAGGACAGUAUCGCGUCUGUAAAAAACCUGGUUCUGGGACUUCCGGACUCCAGACACUCCGAAGCCGACUCCGAGCUGACUCUGACAGACACCGACACCGAGUCUGUGAGAGUGGUCGCCGUGGCGAGGAAGAAGAGGCGGAGCCAGGGAGGAGUCUUUAUGCCAAUGAGAGGAGUCCAUAGUGAGCUGCCUGAGAGAGGGGAGGGGGAGGGAGAGGAAACUCCUGCCUACAGCCACUGGGGACCCCCCCGCAGGGUGGAGGUCUGGCCUGAGGAGGGUCAGUCUCUGGGUUUGAGCAUCGUUGGAGGUCAGCACGUCAUCAAACGUCUGAAGAACGGAGAGGAACUGAAGGGGAUCUUCAUCAAACAGGUUCUGUCCAACAGUCCUGCAGCCAAAACAAAGCGCCUGAAGACCGGAGACAAGAUCCUGGAGGUGUCGGGUGUUGACCUGCGAGCUGCCAGUCACGGGGAGGCUGUUGGCGCCAUCAAGUCGGCACCGAGCCCAGUCGUCUUCAUCGUCCAGAGCCUGUCAGCAACACCCCGGCCCGUUUCUCUGACGGCUUCCAGCUACAGCAAACACAAAGUGAAGAGGACCGAGUCUCCGAAACCAGACAUGGCUCUGCCUCCAAUCAGACAGCCUCCCCCCUACAGACCUCCCAUCCAAUCAGAUCAGGAGCUGACAUCAGACCUGGAACAGGCCAAAGGGCGUUGGUGUGAGCGUUAUGGCGACCUGCAGGGGGCGCUGCUGUGCGUGGAGCUGGAGAAGGAGCGGCAGGGUUUGGGUCUCAGCCUGGCGGGGAACCGGGACCGUUCCCGCCUCAGCAUCUUCGUGGUGGGGCUCCAUCCCGGGGGGCCGGCUGCCCGCGAUGGACGCAUCCGGGUCGGAGAUGAGCUGCUGGAGAUCAACGACCAGAUCCUUUAUGGGCGGAGCCACCAGAACGCCUCGGCCAUCAUCAAGACCGCCUCCUCCAAGGUGAAGCUCAUCCUGCUCAGAAGUGAAGACGCCGUAAACCAGAUGGCCGUCUCACCUGUCCCCCCUCCGCCCCCCACCCUGAACCCCGCCAGCCCAGAGUCUGUCUCGCCAGCUGUGAUUGGUGUCUGCACCCCCUCUGAAAGGCUCCGCCCACUGGACAGUCUGAGGCUCCGCCCCUCAUCAGAUACACUGGAUGAAACACGGAGUGACGAAGCUGAACGGAACGACAGGAACAGGAAAAACACCACCAGGACUCUGACGGAGGCGGAGAGCUUCAGAAAGGUUGAGAGGCUGGAAGCUGCCGAGUCUCCAGACAAUGAGUUGCAGGCUCCCCGGGACCCGCUGGAGGUUCAGUCCUGCAGGUCCAGUACGCAUGCAGCAGGAUCUCCUCCGAUCAGAACCGAGCUUCACACGUCUGACCGAGACCCGUCAUGCUGCGUGGUGGUUCCGGGUCAAGAGACGGUUCUGGAGAUCUGUAAAGGCCGAUCUGGACUGGGACUCAGUAUAGUGGGAGGCAGAGACACACAGCUGGACGCCAUUGUGAUCCACGAGGUUUAUGAAGAAGGAGCUGCAGCCAGGGAUGGCCGGCUGUGGGCCGGAGACCAGAUUCUGGAGGUGAAUGGCAUGGACCUCCGUGGGGCCUCCCAUGAAGAAGCAAUCGCCACUCUGCGUCAAACGCCAGCAAAAGUCCGUCUGACGGUGCUGAGGGACGAGGCUCAGUACCGAGAUGAGGAGAAUCUAGACGUGUUUAAGGUGGACCUGCAGAAGAAGAGCGGCAGAGGGCUGGGGCUCAGCAUCGUUGGAAAGAGGAGCGGCAGUGGCGUGUUCAUCUCGGAGGUGGUCAGAGGGGGCGCCGCUGAGCUGGACGGCCGACUCAUGCAGGGAGACCAGAUCCUGUCCAUCGAUGGAGACGACACGAGACACGCCUCCCAGGAAUCGGUGGCCGCCACCCUGAAGUGUGCUCGGGGCCCCGUCCUGUUGGAGCUCGGCCGACUCAAAGCUGCUUCCUGGAUUUCGUCCAGACACAGCUCACAGGGAAGCCAGAUGAGCGUCAUCAGCAGGAACAGCACAGGUGUUGUGGCUCCGCCCCUCCCUCAGACCCUGGCAGCAUGUGACCCACCCACUUCCACCCUCCCCCUCAACAACAACACCAAGUCCAGCAGUGACAUCACUUCCUCUUCUGGUGUGAAUGCAGGUAUCCGGACGGUGGAGAUCAUCAGGAGUGUCAACGACUCCCUCGGAAUGAGUAUAGCGGGGGGGAAGGGCAGCCCUCUGGGUGACAUCCCCAUCUUCAUUGCCAUGAUUAAGGCCAGUGGAGUUGCUGCCAAGACAAAACAACUGAAGGUGGGCGACAGAAUUGUCAGCAUCAGCGGUCAGUCAAUGGAUGGUCUGUCUCACAGUGAGGUGGUAACCAUUCUGAAGAACAGCUAUGGAAACAUCAGUCUACAGGUGGUGGCGGACACAAACAUCAGUGCCAUCACGUCUCAGGUGGAGAGUCUAUCCAGCAGCUGUGGCUUGUCAGCCAACACCGAAGCAAACAGCACAGCUGACCCAGAGGGUCCACAGCCCCGCAGCAUCAGUCUGGAGAAAGGCUCAGAGGGACUCGGCUUCAGCAUCGUCGGAGGCUUCGGGAGUCCACAUGGAGACCUGCCGAUCUAUGUUAAGACCAUCUUCAGCAAGGGGGCGGCGGCAAUGGAUGGUCGUUUGAAGCGUGGAGAUCAGAUCCUGGCAGUUAACGGAGAGAGUCUGCAGGGGGCAACACACGAGCAGGCGGUCGCCAUCCUGAAGAAGCAGAAAGGAGCUGUCACACUGGACAUCCUGUCAUAACACACACACACACUCACGUCUCUGUCUUCUUGAGGACCAGCAGUUCUAACAUGCAUUCCUUGGACAUUUUAUUCCAAUCCUGAUGUGAUCCGAGUCUCAAACAGAACCCUGAAGUUCUUCACUACACUGAUUUCAUACUGGAACAUCCUCACAAAAACAGAUGUGACGCCAUUACACACUAAUGUUUCUGAGCCUUUGGGUCCAGGCACUGGUUGGGUCACAUGUAUUCACAUUUCUCAUGAAUUCUCAGAUCUAGCUUUUGGUCAUCAGUCCAAAUUGUUAUAAAUCUUUGUUUCUGCUUGAUCUCCUGAAACUGUCUGUUUCCAUGAUUCCUGAACCAAACAAAACGACUAUCCUCGGUUCAGCCAAAUACUUGUAACCGAAGAAAUAUGAUUAACACUAAAACAUGAGGUUUGAUUUCACAACUUUCUCCACCAGUUUCCUGGAGAGAAAUUCUUUACUGCAGUUUACCCCUCUGUUGCACCUGGACGGGUUAGAUCCACCAGAGGGAAGCUUCGGUGCCAGCCGUAGAAAGUCCAGGUGAACAGUUUGAAGUUUCCACGGCUGGUGUGAUGGAGGAGGAAACCUCAGCAGCAGCUUCCACAGAGCAGCAGCUCUGGAUGUUCAGGCCAUGGUUACAUUAACUUUGCUAACUGUUAGCGAGCGCAUACCUCAGAUGAUGAAAAUGUUUCCCAUUUUGUCAGUGAAGGUCAGAGACGGCUAACAUUUCAGCCCUUUCAGAAAAAUCGUAUGUACUUUCAGAGCACGGGCGUCAUUUCACGUUAGUCACUGCUGGUGGAUUUCUCUCUGUUUUAGCCCACGUUCAUUGAUCUGAUCUUUUUUCAGGCCUGUGAAGUCAAGAAUCUGGAAUCAACUCUAGUUUUACAUCUGGUUUGUGUCUGUUCAGUGUGUGGUCGUGAGUCAAACACCAGUCAUUCCUUCUGACUGGGUGAGUCGGUGCGUCCAAACGUUUGACUGGUUUAUAUCUGGUUUGUGGCUGUGUGACGUGAGUGAAGAUGCUCCUAUCAGGUCUCACCAGUUUGAUGAUGUCAAAACAAACCUGCUGCUCUGUUAGCAAUAGCAGCUAGCGUCCAGCGUUUCUUGUCCUUCUCGGUUUUAUCUUGGAAAGCAGAAUGAAUCCGUCCUCUGGAAAUGAAUCUCAUCCACUUCUGGGAUAGUGUCAGAGCUGUUUGUGUCCGUCGGUCUAAUCUGCUGAGUGGCCUCACAAACAGUAUUUUAUGAUGUUAGUGAUACAAACGAUGCAUAAAAUCUAGUGGACACGUGCUAUCAUGGUUACCUUCUGCUCUUGUGAUUGUUGUAAACACUUAAAUAUUAACUGGCAUGGAACAAUGUGUCGGGAAACUGGAACCAAGCCUUCAGGUGACGGUGUUUAAAACAUGAGUUUAGACAGAACCACAAACCACGCAUCACUCCAGGAGCGAGCUUUGCAUGCUGCAGACGCUUGAACUAAAAACAUCAUCAUCUCUGCUGGAUGAUGUUAUUUCUUAUUAGUCGAAUAUGUAGAAGAAAACUUUAGAUGAUAAUGGUCUUGAAACAAGGUGACCUGAAAGUGGUUGAAUUCCUCCCGAACACUGAAAAUGUUUCCGUAGAGGAGCGCUUGUGUUUGUGAUCCAGUUUAAUAAAAAGUGAUUGUCAGCUGUUGCCUGUGAAGAAGUUCCGGACUGGGUUCCAGUUAUUUUAUCCACCUCACCUUCACAUAACGUCACAUAACUGUCAGAUUCAUUUUCGACUCAGUUUCAGGAUCUUUAACUUUCCAUGAAACGUUUUUCCAGACAAGGUGUGGCUCAACAGACCCAUAUGAUGAGUAAAAACAAUGGACCGGGUUACCGGGACCCCUCUGGAGCCAGGCCUGGAGGUGGGGCACGGUGGCGAGCGCCUGGUGGCCGAGCCUUUGCCCAUGGGGCCCGUUCGGGCUUAGCCUGUAAGGGUGACAUGGGCCUCCCUCCCGUGGGCUCACCACCCGCACUGCACCCCACCUGUAGGGGUCAGGUGCAGCUGGGCGGUGGCUGAAGGCGGGGACCCGGCGGUCUGAUCCUCGGCUGCAGCAGCUAGCUCUACCUGGUGCUGAAGCUGUUAGUGUCCACCUUUAAAACAGAUCUGUACGUGCAUAUUCUGAAGUUUGAAUUUGUUUUGUAGAGAUUAAAAACAUCUUUUAGUUUUAGAAGCUGAUAUUAAAAUGUAAUGUUGAAAGCGUAAAAUAGCCGGCAUGCCGCUGUCUGCCUGCUGCUCGACUUCUCUGCAUGAAACUUCUUUUAGGAAAGCUGAUAUUCUUCUGAUUUCGUGAUACAGUGGCCUUAGUGGAUAGAAUUAGUACCAGCAGCAGGAAAAUGACAACACUGAGGACACUAACCUGGAAAACCCUCUGAUAAUCGGAUGUUUCCCAGUAAAAUCUGUCUCCUGAUUUACACUUCUUGCUUUAUGGAAAAGUUUCUCCAGGAUAUUUUUUACAGAUGUAGUCCACGUGGUUCUGGAUCAGCUGUCCGUUAACUGGACCACAUGGAUCAAUGUUUUUCAGCCAAUUUAAACAUAGUGGAAAUGAUUAGCUAAGCUAAGCUAACAUCCCAGAAUGAGUCUCUCAGCUCAAGCGAAGGGAAUCCAUAAAGAUCACGUUUAUGGAGAAGAGAUGAUGUCAUGUUGCUUCCUGCUGGUCAAACAGCUGUUCUCCAAUAAAACUCCUCUGUUGCAAUGAUAGCC